GUGUGCUCAGCUGAUCCUCAAACACCCAGGAACCUGAUCCCGCCGCGGCCCUGGGACUAAUCGGAUGUAACCGAGGAACCGCGCGGAUGAAAGAUGCGCUUCCACACACAGUCUGGAAGUUGUGUUACUGAAGGCGGGGUGUGGAAAUAACUGCAGAGGGAUUUAUUCAUUUUGGGGAUUUGACCUCCAGAGAUGAUGUACGGAAUAAACCGGCGCUGCGUCUACAUAUCCUUCCACUUCUUCGUGCUGUGUUGCCACGCUCAGGGGGAGAAUCACCCGUCUCCUAAUUUUAAGCAGUACGUGAGGACGCAGGGCGCAGUGACGGACCAGCUCAGCCGCAGGCAGGUCCGGAUCUACCAGCUCUACAGCCGAACCAGCGGGAAGCACGUUCAGAUCCACGGCAAGCGGGUCACGGCCACCGCCGAGGAUGGAAAUGUCUUCGCGCGACUCUUUGUGGAGACGGACACGUUCGGGAGUCGAGUGCGGAUACGUGGGGCUGAAAGUGGACGCUACCUCUGCAUGAACCAAAAGGGGAAACUGAUUGGAAAGCCCAGAGGCCGCAGCCGGGACUGCAUCUUCACCGAGAUCGUGCUGGAGAACAAUUACACCGCCUUCCAAAACGUCAAGUACGAGGGCUGGUAUGUGGCUUUCACGCGGAAGGGGAGGCCCAUCAAAGCAUCCCGGACUCGGGAGAACCAGAGGGAGGUCCACUUCAUCAAGAGACUCCACACGGGCCCGCCCCCUUUCCCCAACAUGGAGCAGAACAAACACUUUGAGUUCAUUCGAUUUCCAUCCGCACAUCGAGCAAAGCGGAACAGGAAAUCCCACUCGUCUUCCUGAGGAGCACCACUGGACUGAUGACAGCUGUGAUGUCGCCUCUUGUUUUUAUAUGUUCGGACAGAUGAAUGUGGCCUCACAGCGAUGUGUCUCAUAUUAAUAUUGCUGUAAAAUGGCAAGUGUAAAUAGCGACAGAGUAAAGCAGAUAGAUUUUAUUUAACGGAGUGUUACAUUGCGCUGGUGAGUGGUGUUUACCCUUGAACAUGAUGUGGACCUAUAUGUGAUCAACGCUGU